UGUCAACAAACUGACACAACACGGAUUUUUCAUUCGAUAUUAAAAUUUUCAAUAAGCGCUAAUGUUAUUCUGUAAUCAUUAUUCGUGAAUAAUUGAGUUUUUACUAUUUUGAACUAAAAGAAUAGUGAAUAUAAUCAUCAGCUGCAAUUUACUAGAAAAAAUAGUAACAACAAAGGAAACAAUUACAGCACAUCUUUACUAGCCCAAAAUUCUUACGGGGGUGUGAUGACUGAAAAGCUGUUAAAAGUUGGCCAGCGAAUCGAAGUCGCCGGCAAAGAUGUACGGGGCUCGAUUGCCUACGUAGGAAUGACCUCAUUUGCGAAUGGCAAAUGGGUUGGCGUCAUACUCGAUGAACCGAAGGGGAAAAAUAACGGAUCGAUUAGGAAUAUGACGUACUUUACGUGCGAGGAAAACUAUGGCAUGUUCGUUCGUCCCACGCAGCUAGUAUUUUUGGACGACGCUGGCAAUCCGAUCGAAAGCGGGGAGGUGCAAACACCCGAGGAAAAGCCACGGUCGCGGUUAAGCAGUGCUAAGCGUGUCCUCUCUAAACCGAAUGCCGGAUCUGUUCGGUCGCUAGCGUCUAUGCCCGGCUCGACGACCUCUUUUGCAGCGAAACCAACUGCUGUACGCCGUAAGUCACCCGUCAAGCAGCCCCAGUCGAAGCGUGCCUCCAUGACCAUGACACUCUCAUCGUCCAGUUCUCGUUUAUCGUUGAACCGCAGCAGCAGCUCCUUGGGUUCCAAAACUCAGCUAACAUCACCAGGAAAUGAUCGACCUGGCGGCGGUUCCGGUAUGUCCUCGAUCCCUACGCCGGUGUCAUCGAUCCCAACGAUGAUGAAGACAGGCGAUCGCUACGACUCGCUACACAAAUCGCACAUCAGUCCACCAGAAUCACUACAAACCUCCAAGCGUGCUUCGUUCGUUGAAACCGGUUUCGUCGAGACGCUAAAGCCCCAGUUUACCCCAGGUCAGUCACUGACAUCCCCUUCGCCGGCUCCCUCCACCGAAGAUCGCAUUCACUUGCUACAACUACAGCAGGAGAUUGAAGACAUGAAGAUGCAAAACAAGGACCUGGUGGAGAAACUUGAGACGCUUAAGUUACGCCGUACCGAGGACAAAGAGCGUCUUCGCGAGUUUGACAAGAUGAAAACCCAGUAUGAACAACUGGUGGAGUUCAAAAGUAAAAUCAUGGAAGCACAUUCGCAGUUACAGCGUGACUAUCAACGGGCCAAGCAGGAUGCCAAGGAUGCACUUGAAGCACGUGAUUUACACAUUGAAGAAAUGGCUGAACUGUCGGAAAAUGUGGAAUUGAUCACGCUCGAUAAAGAGAUGGCCGAGGAAAAGGCAGACACAUUGGCACUCGAGCUGGAAACGGCUAAAGAGAGAAUAGAAGAAUUGACUUUGGAUUUCGAGAUUUUGAAAACGGAGAUGCAAGAAAAAUAUGCCAAUAGUGGUACGAUUGGAGAUGGCGCCGGAACUGGAACGUCUACGUACGAGUUCAAGCAGCUGGAGCAGCACAAUGUGAGACUGCGGGAGACGUUGGUACGUUUGAGAGAUCUUUCCGCGCAUGAAAAGCAUGAGAUUCAAAAGUUGGAGAAAGAAUUGGAAACCAAGAAAUCAGAAGUCGCCGAAUUACAACGUACCAAAGAGAAGCUCUCGGGGAAGAUUGAUGAAUUGGAAGCUCAAGUCAGUGAUCUCCAGGAACAGGUUGAUGCUGCUCUAGGAGCUGAGGAAAUGGUUGAACAGUUAGCUGAAAAGAAGAUGGAGCUGGAGGACAAAGUUAAGGCUCUCGAGGAAGAGGUAGCAGAACUUGAAGCUUUGGAAGAGGUACACGAACAACUGGUGGAAAGUAAUCAUGAGUUGGAGAUGGAUAUGCGCGAGGAAUUGGAUAUGGCUCACGCAGCUAAACGUGAAGCCGUUCGCGAGAAGGAAGCAGUUCUGGAGACUAUAGUCGAUCGCGAUCAAACCAUUCUUAAAUUCCGGGAACUUGUUCAACGGCUGAAUGAUCAAUGUCAAGAAUUACGCGAGAAACUUAAUCAGGAAUCUAGUAAGGUGGUUAAAGAUACAAUCACGGAAACGAUCGACUUUAAGCAAAUGUUUGCCGAGUCUAAGGCCUUCACAAGGGCAAUCGAUUUGCAGCUGCGUCAGAUCGAGCUAACCCAGGCGAAUGAACACGCCAAAUACCUGACCGCCUUUAUGCCGGAAGUAUUCAUGGCACGUGGUGGUGACCACGAUGCUAUCCUCGUAAUUUUGCUGGUGUCACGUAUCGUAUUCAAAUCCGGCAUCAUUGUCAGUCAGGCUAGGGAACGUUUCUCAGCGGUUUCACAAAUCGACCGCACUGCAAUCGUCAGUGGUCACGAAGUGUACCAGUUUAGAUUCCGUUCGCGACUGCUGCACCACGUGCACAAUUUGCAAACCAUAAUGCACCAGUUCCUGUACGGCUUGACGGCCUGUCAGCCGGACACGCUGCUAAAGAUCGGAUCCUCGCUGCCGGAAAUGCAAGCCCAGGAGAAAAUGGUUGACGAAAUUGUGGAUCUGCUCAAGGCCAAUCAACUGGACGAAAACUCGUCGACCGAUAAUCUUGAGAAAUGCGUCACCUUCUUUAAUGCAAUGUACUUGGUGCUGCUGUCCGGUGAAGACCUACUGAACGAAACUCAGAUUGUACGGGACUGCACUGCUUCUAUCUCGGCUGCUUGUGAUUCGAUCUUAACCGAUGCGGCCGUGAUGAAAACGCUGAUUCAGGGCGGCGAUGAAACCAGCGACUCCGGCCUCCUCAUGCAAUAUAUCGUCCAGAACGUGGAAUCGGUGAAGCAGCAACUCAAACUGGUCAAGCGCCGCUUGCCCCAGGAUGUCAGCGUUACCAAGUGUAAUCUGUCGAUGAACACGUUACAGAAUCUGAAGAAAACCGCAGAAUCGCUAAACAGGCUGAUGAGCGUUAUGUUCUUCAGUGCCAAGGAAGUCAUCCAGAUGGUGACAGCCGACUCGGAAACGGAAGUGUCGGUAUCUCACGAGAAACUGUGGGACAUCAUGUCCAACGCUUGCGAAAGGAUCUACGAACAGGACGAUUUGGGUCCUUCGCAAAACAUUCGCACAGUGUUGAGUAAAACUAGCACGGACAUGAGUCAGCUGGCCCAGUACUUGCUGGAUCAUGAGUACGAAAUUAUGUCCGGAGCGACCCCGAAACCAGAGGAGAAACCGGUAGCUCCAAUCAUUCUCCGUGCACAAGCCGUUAAGAAACAGUUGGAAGAAACCAAGACACUAACAGCCACGCUCGAAAACCGCGAGGCUGAAAUCCGGCAGCUUAAGCUGGCUGCCAAACUUAAACAAAACGAGCUAUCGGAAAUGCAAAUUCGGAAAGAUUUGGCCGAGAAAAAACUAUCGGUGCUACAGCAAGAUCACGAAGCGAACGCAGCUCGUCUACAGAAACAGUACGACGAAGUCUGCCAGCGCUUGAAGCAGAAAGAAAAAGAGUUCGAAGACACAAUGGACCAUCUGCAGAACGACAUCGAUUCUUUGGAAAAUGAAAGAACCAGUCUUCGCGAUAAACUUAAAUCGUACAGCUCGAAGAAGGGUGAUCUUAAGACAACAACUGCUCUUGACAUUUCCGCAAGCUCUCCAUACAUCGCCCAGGAGCUUUCGUUGCUCAAGAAAGCCUUCAAGGAGGAACGCUCGGAACGGCUGAAGGUACAGGCAAACGAGUACAAGAAAAUCCUGUCCAACCUGGAACCACUGCACGUGCCGCAACCGAAAGAUGAACGCAUCGAAGAGCUGGAGAAAGCAGUUACCAAAGUUAAGCAUGAUUGGAUCAUGUCGCUGGUGCGAGGAGCCGAGAUACCUGCUACUCGAACUGCACACGGCAAUAUUUCCAAGACUAUUAUCGAUCAUGAGAAUCAACAGAAACGGGACCAGCGAGAAAUUAAAUCGAAAGCCGAACAGUUGGCUUUUGAGAUCAUGAACGAAUACCUCAGCCGGAACCCGCACCGUGCUACCCGCGGGGACUUUGCAGUGUUCCCUUCGACGGAGUUGGCAACCGCUUUCAAGGCAAAUAUUAAAGUAUAAAUGAUUCGCUUCAUACUUAGGUAAGUCAAGCAAUGGCGGCAAGUCUAGUUGCUUACUUACCCGGCUGGCUGUAAUACUGAUAUUUUAUAUACUUAGUUAACAAUUCGAAGGCAUCAGUUCUGCAUCAACGAUGUCUUCUGCGACAGUUAUUCUUAUUCCAUUAGUCAUGUUCGUUCUGAAAAUACAAUCCAAUCCAUGCUUUACGUAUUUAUUUUAUCCAAUGCAACGCAUAAAUUAUAUAGCAAUCAUAACGUAAAAUAUAUAACGUUUCGAGAAAAA